GGAGGGGGAUGAGGAAGGCGAACCGCGCAUUUCUUUCCUUGUGUUAGCUGCAGCUAGCCGCCUCCAAAACCUCUCAACACUCCUUGACUUGCACGUCUCUCCCUCCCUCUCUCACUGAGCUAAGCCUAAGCCAGCCCACACCCAUAUGCUCCCUAUAAAAGCACCACCCUAGCUAUGACCGCCAUGAACUACUCCCUCAUAUUCACCUCGUCUCAUUUCACCCUCUUCGUCAUCGUCGUCCUUGCCAGCAAAUUGAAGUUGCACUGCUAGUGCUAGCAUGGGAGGAGCUACCAACCUACCUCCUGGUUUCCAUUUCUUCCCUUCAGAUGAAGAUCUCAUCGUCCAUUUCCUCCGUCGCAAAGUGGCCAACCUCCCAUGCCGCCCUGACAUCGUCCCGACGAUACUUCUGCACCGCUACGAUCCGUGGGAAUUGAAUGUUAAUAAUCUUCCAACUUCCAAAGGCACGGCGCUGCAAGCUGGAAACCAAUGGUAUUUCUUUAGCCAUGCCGCGCAGAGCAGAACCUCUCCGAAUGGGUACUGGAAUCCCGUUGGUGCCGAUGAAACAGUAACAAGCAGUGGCUGUAUUGUUGGCCUGAAGAAGACGCUCAUCUUCUGCACCGGGGAGCCUUUCAAAGGUUUCAAAACAAACUGGAUCAUGCAUGAGUACCACCUUCAAGAUGGAGGAUACAAUGUCAGCGGUAGCAGCACCUCAAGUAGCUCAAGCUCCAGUAGGAAAUCCCAGAGGAAGAGACUUCACUCAAGCACGGAGUCCAACAACUGGGUGAUAUGUAGAGUGUUCGAAUCAAGCUGCGGUUCACAAGUGAGCUUCCAUGAUGAGGGCACAGAGCUUUCAUGCUUAGAUGAGGUGUUUUUGUCGUUAGAUGACUAUGACGAAGUGAGUUUGCCAAAUAAUUAGAACCAUAGCUAGAAAGUAGAGCUCACGAUAGGUUCUAUGCCUAUCAGGCCAUUUAAUUAAUAACUGUGAUGGUGAUAUCUACGUAA